AUGUUUUUCAGCCCUCUCACGACUACCAGACUUAAGCGCAAGGCCUGGAACGACUUAUUCGUCUGCGUGCAAUGCGACAGGGCGUUUACAAAUGAGGAUAACACCGAGACGUCCUGUUGCUACCAUCCAAGAGAUCUUGAAGUGGACGACUCAGGGAAUUUCUGGGCUGAUAAUGAUGAGAGCUAUAACGAGAUAGAUACGCCUGAGAUGCGUGAGGAAUAUCCUGAUGGCUUCAGGUGGUGGUGCUGUUCCAAAUCGGGUGGCAAGAAGGGUUGCACAAAGGAAAACACCAGGCUGAUCCAGCUCGAUCGCAGCUAG